AUGUACGUCACGAGGCCGAUCUCGCGGUACGAGAACAACCCGCAGGCGGCGGCGGAGCCGCCGCCGGAGGGGCCGGGCUCCGGGAUCCUCGUGGUGGAGGGCGACGAGGCCGUGGAGCGCGCGGCCAACUGCUGGGGCCUGUGCAGGGACUCCGAGGUGCGCGGCCUCCCUCUCGCUCAGAGUCGGAUGGCCAAGGUGGAGCGCACGACGGAGUACCUCAUCGCCGGCGACGACGACAUCAGCUCGGAGGCCUUUGUCGAGAGCGACGACGUCGUGUUCGUCCCCGUCAUCGGCCUGCCCCUCUCGUCCAACCGCUACUACGUCGUCCGCGCUGAGGGCAAACACAUCGGGAUGGUGUCGGCGUGCUCCAAGGAGGAGGACAAGACGACCUUCUGUUUCUACUCCCGCCCGAAGGACGUGCCGGCGAGGCCGUUCGACCACGGCGACGUGUACCAGCAGGUGGAGCUGGUGCAGCUGAAGGGCGGGAAGGGGUUCAGGGCGGAGGCGGUGGCGGCGGACGGCAUCCCGCCGAAAUACCUGCGGAGGAAGGGCUGGACGAUCCGCACCUCGUCGUCGACGAGGUACGACAACCUCACCGACUCGGCGCGGGGCGUGGACUGGCCGCUCCGCCGCCGGAUGCCCGACCUCAGCGGCUUCGGCGCCGGCGCGAAGAGCUCGCCGCCCGUCGUCGUCGGCAGGUGGUACUGCCCGUUCAUGUUUGUCAGGGACGGGAGGCGGCUCAAGGACCAGGUCCGGCGGUGCAUGUUCUACGAGAUGACGCUCGAGCAGAGCUGGGAGGAGAUAUACAGCCGUGACAACGUGCACCAGCAGGCGGCGGCGGUGACGGUGAGCGCGACGGUGCGCCGGUCGACGGCGCUGCUGGGCGGCGCCGACGCGGUGCAAGGAGGAGGGCCCCAAGCUGUCGACGGCGUGCUGUGGUUCCGGCCAGCUUCGUCGAGGUCGGCAUCCGCAGAGCUGGGGCUGGACAUGGUGUUGUGGGAGAGGAUGAAGUGGGAGCUGGAGAAAGGAGGGUGGGUCGCCGCCGCCGGCGAUGGCGAGACGAAGAGGAUCGAGAGGGUGGAGAGACGUGGCGGGCGGGACAGAUGGGACAGGUUCAGCUGCUACCUGCUGGUGGAGAGGUUCGUGCUCAGGAGAACGGAUGGAAGCGUGGCGCUUACCUACGAUUUCAGACAUACUGACAAGAUUAGAACACUGUGGUCAUGAUAUAUCUAAAUAGUUUUCGCCACUGGUUUUGGAUAUUUACUCGUUUCUUCUUUGAUAUAUCUAAAUAGUUACUAAAAUAAUUUAAAAAUGAUAAU